AUGUCCUCUUUCGACCUCAUCGAUCUGUCCGACUUGGCGGAUGUACCGAAGACUAAGAUCGAGCUGGUCAAAGUCGCAACUGGUCUCGAAGCAUCUUUCGAAGGCCUUACCCUCCACGCUACUUCCGAGACCUCCACAAUCCACUCUUCAGAGACACACGAGACUGAUCAUAAAUCACAAGCUAAAGAUACAAUACUUUCGACCUGCCCAACUUCCAACGAAACCAUGGAGAAACCCGCAAUUCUGGCUGACGAGAAACACGCCCCCGACGAUGACCACAUUCUACAUGACGAAAUCGUUGACAUUACUACGACACCCAGUCCUUACCCCCUUCCUGAUAAGAUAUCUCCGAUCUCCACCACUUCCCCUUCCCCUCAGAGGUCGAUCUCGAGCAGAACCGCUUCUCUCUCUGCUCGCGCUCCGGAGUUCCGACCGGUUUAUAUAAGCUCCGUACCAUCUCCGACUCCUGGCAGUUCUGACCAAUCACAGGAUCUGGCACCCCUCGAGAUACCUCUCGACAGCGAUCUCUUCAGUCCACCCGUCAGCAAGCCCGUUCGUAUUACCUGUCCGACGCCUACGUCCAACAAAACAGCACAUACCGGUUCACGAGCGUCCCCUCGACUGGGCACUUCGACUCCCGUUGCCAAUAAAUCGGAGUCUAAUCUCGUGGAAAAAGGGGCGGUUAUUGGCCAAGCUCAGAAGACCAUUUCUCCUUCCUCCCCGUCCAGUAAAACCGAGAUAGAACAGCCACAUCGGAUCCUCGACGUAGCCGUACGGAUCCACUCACCUCAAAGAGGAGAUCCUCCUCACACGACGAACACUAUCACUGUAGCGCAAGAACCCAACUCGCUGGUCGCACAAAUCUCCUCAGGCGUCACAUUGGAUCGCGAGAUGGAAAAAAGACAUCUCGCUCAGCGAGACGCUCUUUUAUUGGGACUUACCGAGCUUAGCGAAUUGGACUCUAUCUUUGUCGACUACAGAGACGCCCACUCCGUCUUCAUAGGUGGUCUAGAGGAGAUCUCGUACAGACUCAAUUUGGUACUCAACCAGGCAAUGUCCGAUAAACCUCUUACCUACCCACUCGAAAGUUUGUUCCCCUCUCGAGGCCCUUCUCGUGUCGAGGUGGAGCUAGCCGAGACUCGUAGGGAGAGGGGUGAACUGCAAGAAUCACUCAGUCAAGUUCGUGCGCUACUUGAUUCGGCGCAUACCGAUCUCGCCGCGGUUCGAAUAGAGCGAGAUCACCUGAGGGCCAAAGAACGACUUUGGGAAUUGCGUGAAGAAGAGGUUGCCGCUCGUCUUUUUCAAGCUGAGAAAGAGCAAAAACGGAUGAUGGAAGAGCUUUCGAAGCUGCCGCCCACCGCGGUUGCUGAUGACUUUGGCGUGAUCAUGUUGGAAGGAUCUCCGCGACUCUUCCACCCUGAUCUUCUACGCGAGGGUUUUGACGGCGGACGCAAGAUGCUGUCAAAUGUUCUCGCUCGCGUUAAGCAGUACUGCACCAUCGAUCCGACACAGCCCAGACCCGCGAAGUACCUGGUGCAGAUUUUCCUCGAUGUCUCAAAGACGGCAGGGAUACUCAAGCGACUUGGGAGAAUCGACGGUAUUGGCCAGUUGCAGGACUUCCUGGACGGAUUGAGCGUGAACAAUGACCUUUGUUAUGUGGUUGACGUCGAGGAUAAUCCGAAGUUCUCAUGUCCCGCUGCAAAAAUUCGAGAGAGCAUGCGGCUUUUCGCGAGCAUUGCGUCUUGUAAGAUGAUAUUCCUUGCUGCGACCUCAGACAAACCGUAUCUUCCUGUCUUGGACGAUCUCGGUGAGAAUGAGCAAUUGCCCAAAUGUUACGCUGCCCGCUCGACAAGGCACUUUGACGACGAUCCGUUCAAACGUCUUGGCGACCACCGAGUCAUUUACAUUCGUUCAUUGUUCUCCACUUCGCCUGAGGAAUGGGAGCAUCUCCAGGAGCAAAUUUCACGGGGUGACAUGAAUCGUCCGGCUACCCCAGAGACAACAUCCCCAAGUCGUUCGAUCACACCUGUGACGAAGAACUUCCCUACCCCACUACUCACUCCACCUCACGAGACGUCCCACUACCUGGAGUUCAAUUCUCAUGAGUCACCCCCGCCCUCUACUCGAACAUCAUCCCCUCCCCUGCGACCGGCUCCUUGGUCACACAUUCCGCCCACCCAAGGUAAUUGGCGCAUCGCAUCCACCACCGGAGGUACCUUGCUCGAUCAACAUCUAGCGAGGAUGCGACCCACAUCCCCGGCAUCCCUAACUACCGAGGUCCUUUUGAGUAACGUGACUGACGGUGGGAAGUACAAAACUCGUCCUCGUGUACCCCCUCGGUCCCCAAGCUCGCGCGGUACCACACGUACCAUCCGACAAGCGUUAGUGGUACCUAUAGACGACCGCGAAGGUUCCAUUGCUGGUUCCCCUCCGUCAAGCGAUGAGAAUAGACCAUCUGUCCACCUCCCUCAUUCAGCCGUGAAAAGGGUUCAACGACCGACUUCCUUCGACGCUCGUCCAGUGUCUCCUGGGAGCGUCACGUCGUAUACUCCAAGUACUGUGCAUAGCGUGGAAACUGGACCUAGACUACCUCCUUGGGGAAGUAGUAGGGCUGCUAGCGGAUCUAAACGUUCGAAAGGCAAAGCAAGGGCAGACAACCCGAACGUGACGCCACUUGGAGGGGAUAGAAGGUAUUCUGGCGGAGAAACGACGUUACACGGAUUCAACGUACGCGGAGGUGGUGAUCCUGCAAGUCGACGUCGUACCAGAGAAUAUAAAUACCUUCGUGCACUUGAUCCUCCCCCAUGUCAUCGUAAAUACCUCAUUGGUUAUUGUCACAUUCCCGGUUGUCAGUACGGUCACGAUUAUCCUAUCCCCGCAGAGGGCAUUGCCAUGUUACGACUUUUGGCAAAGGAAAUGAACUGCCAGAUGGUCUUCCGAGGGAGGUGUAUGAACAGAGAGGAAGAUUGUAUAUAUUCUCACGUAUGUCCUCAUAGAUCUCAUGGGUUUUCAUGUCGUUUUGGCCGCUGGUGUUGGUUCAACCAUGGUUGA